UCUCUCUCCCUCUCUCUUUCUAUCUCUCGCUUCUUUAUCUGUUUCCCUCUCCCUCUCUCUCUCACGGUUUCUGUGAUGAACCAUUUUAUGCUACUGAGCUGCCAUAGCUGCUGACCUGCUCCUACCGCUGGCUCCUGUAGUCUUUCAACCUAAGAGGAGAUCGCUGCCCUGGUGCACGGGUCUCUCGCCACCGCUGCUGCCAAGGAGACAGAGAUCAGCACCAGGAGGAGGGAGUGUGAAGCACUUGAGGCAGAGGUGAAGAAACGCCACCAAACAUGUCAGACUCUGGAGAAUGAGUAUCAAGAUGUGCUCCAGGAGAAGGCCCACCUGAGUCUCCAGUUGUUCCACAGCAGCAAGAAGGGUUCCGAGUAUGACAAGGUGAACGCCGAGUAUGCCCAGCUCAGAGAGACGCUCGGGACGGUGACGUGGGAGCGAGAUUCAGCCGUGCAGGAGAAGAACCAGCUCCAAGGCAAACUGGAGAACCUAGAGCAGGUGCUCAAGCAUAUGCGCGAGGCUGCGGAGCGGAGGCAGCAGCUAGAGUUGGAGCAUGAGCAGGCCCUGGCUGUCCUCAAUGCAAAGCAGCAGGAGAUUGACCUUCUGCAAAAGGCUCAGGUUGAGGCUAAAAAGGAACAUGAAGGCGCGGUCCAUCUGUUAGAGAACCACUUGGACAGCAUGCAGGCGAAAGUGCGCGAGCUGGAGGAGAAAUGUCGGAAUCAGAGUGAGCAGUUCAACCUGCUUUCCAAGGAGCUGGAGAAGUUCCGGCUGCAGGCGGGGACCUUCGACAUCCUCAGCACGGAGCCGCUCACCCUGUGCGAGUCCCCAGGAUCACCCAGCAAAUCCUUGUCCCAGCUGCUCAAUGGGUUGGCCUGCCCGCUGGGGAAGGGCAACGAGGCUCCGAUGAGCAGGUCUCUGAUCUCAGAGUUCAUCAGGCCGCUCCAGAUGAGUGGGGACAAGCCUGACCUGCUGUCGCUCAAGCCCACCUUCCUCACCCGCGGCCGGGACAGCGGGCCCCGGCAGACCCUUCUCUCUGAGAUGGAGAAAGAACUGAGCUCAGCAACAAGGGUGAGGCAAAGGUUCACCGGCAAGGUCCGUCUGUGCACAGCUCGCUACAGCUAUAAUCCUUACGACGGACCAAACGAGCACCCAGAAGCAGAGCUCCCCCUGGUGUCAGGGAAGUACCUCUAUGUUUACGGGACAAUGGAUGAAGAUGGCUUUUAUGAAGGAGAGCUGCUGGACGGCCAGCAGGGUCUGGUCCCUUCCAAUUUCGUGGACUUUGUCCAAGACGAGGAGAAACCUGCCGUCCAAAACAGAGACGGUGCCAAGGAGUACGCAUACCUCAACCACAGUAGCCUGGCCUCCAAGAGACUCGGAGCAGGACUCGGCCUAGGCCUGGGCCUGGGGAAGGCUACGACCGGGGGCACGGGCCAUAGUUCAGGCCUCAGUUCAGGCCUCAGUUCAGGCCUCAGCUCCGGCCUCAGCUCAGGCCUGAGCAUGGGUCUGGGAAGUCUGUUGUCGGACUGUAAGAUGGACGGCAUGAGCAACAGCCGACUGGCCAUGGACCUCCUGGGCACAUGCAGCAAUGGGACGGGGACCCUGGACGUCAGCACUGAUGAGGUUGGCGAAGACGUUGUGCCUUACCCCCGCCGCAUCAACCUCAUCAAACAGCUGGCCAAGAGUGUGAUCGUGGGCUGGGAGCCGCCGGUGGUGCCGCCCGGCUGGGGCUCCAUCAGUGGCUACAAUGUGCUGGUGGACGACGAGGUGCGUAUGAGCGUCCCCUACGGGGGUAGGACCAAGUCCCUGAUCGAGAGGCUCAACCUGGCCACCAGCACCUACCGCGUGUCGGUGCAGUGCAUCACUGAGCGCGGCCUGUCGGACCGCCUGCGCUGCAGCCUGCUGGUGGGCAAGGAGGUGGUUGUGGCGCCCUACUACCUGCGCGUCGACAACAUCACGCAGGUCUCCGCCGAGCUCUCCUGGAUGCCCAGCAACAGUAACUACAGCCACAACAUCUUCCUGAACGGCAGCGAGUAUGACAUGGUGAAGGCCGGAGGACACCGCUACCAGUUCUUCAACUUGAAGCCCAUGACGGUGUACAAGGUGAAGGUGGUGGCCAGGGAGCAUCAGGUGCCUUGGCAGCUUCCCCUGGAGCACAGGGAGAAGAGGGAGAUCUCCGUGGAGUUCUGCACUCAGCAUGCAGGGCCCCCGUUCCCCCCCCAGGAGGUGCAGGUCCAGUGCGGUCCGACGGCGGGGAUCAUGCAGGUCCGAUGGAAGCCCCCGGACCUUUCCGCCGCCGGGACCUCCAACGGGGCCAACGUCAUCGGCUACGCCGUUUGCACAAAGGGGCAAAAGAUAGCAGAGGUCAUGUUCCCCACGGCGGACUACGUGAGCGUGGAGGUGAACCGGAUCCAGGGGCUGGAGGCCCGGGAGGUGAUAGUCAGGACGUUGUCGGCCCAGGGCGAGUCCCAGGACUCCCCCGCCGCCCUCAUCCCCCACACCCUCCUGGGCUCCCCCCGCCUCUCCCGCCGCACCACCGCAGCGCUCCACCCGCCCUACCCCUCCACCUACCCCCCCACGCACCCUCAGCCCCAGGUCCAGGCCCUGCCGUCCCGGGCCCCCCCGCACACACUGCCGCACCCCCAACUACACACUCCGCCCCCCCACCACCACCACCACCCGCCCCCGCCCCACUUCCCCCCCCACGCGGGGCCCCAGACCAAGCCCCUGCUCGGCGCCCGGGACCCCGACACCAAAGACCGCGAAGCCGGGCUCCGGGCGGCGCGACCCUGGGAGCGCUCGCCCUCGCCGCUGCCCCCCUGCAUGCGGGGCGGGCCCCACCUGGAGCCCCCCUACCUGGCGCCGCGCCGCUCGCCCUCCCCGCAGAGGAUCCUGCCCCAGCCGCAGGGGGCGCCCAUCCCCAACACCAUCGCCAAGGCCAUGGCCCGUGAGGCGGCCCAGAGGGUGUUCGCCGAGGGCAACCGGGCGGAGAAGAGGAACAUAUUCAGGGACCGGGGCAUGCACUCUGUGAACUCUGACGAGGAGGAGGACGGCUACGACGCAUCCCACGCCCGGAGGAGGGGGGCGUCGGUGGACGAGUUCCUCCGGGGGUCCGAGCUGGGCCAGCAGCACCUCGCACACCACCACCACCACUACAGCCACAGCGAGGACUACCACACGGAGAGCAGCAGGGGGUCCGACCUGUCCGACAUCAUGGAGGAGGACGAGGAGGACCUGUACUCUGAGAUGCAGCUGGAGGAAGGCCGCCGGCGCAGCAUCAACUCCCACAGCACGCUCAAGGCGUACUACAGGCGGCAGGACUUGGCCGAGGAGCGGGACAACUGGGACCUUCAACGGGAGGUGGUGAAACAGAAGCCGCUCCGCAGCAAGCGGCUCCACAGCAUCCCGGAGGUGGCGGAGGAGGAGGCCGACGGGAACGACGCCAUGGGCCAGCGGCUGGGCCACGAGGACGGCUCCGGGGGCCGUCAGCGCCCGGGGACCCCCAACACCCAGAGACGGGACCACCACCACCACAACGCCUACCAACACGAACUGCAGCAGCAACAGCAGCAGCAGCAGGAGCCGCGCUCGCACGACCGCCUGCUGCGACGCCAGCGCUCCUCCCCGCGCUUCGCUGCCGGCUACGGCUACGGCUCGGAGGAGCGCGGUCCGGGAAGGCCCAGCCGCCAGAACACCAAGAGCCCCGACAGCGGGCUGGACUGCGGCAGCGAGGAGGAGGGCUCUCUGGGGCGGGGCUACUACUACGCCUACGCCGGCCCCGCCACCCGGGGCCCCGUCCGCAUCAUCCACUGCGAGGGCCCCGUGGAGCGGCGGGCGCUGGCCAUGGGCCGCCGGCGCACGCUGACGCGGCAGUGCAGCAUGGAGGAGGACUACUGCCGGGACGCGCCGCCGCACACGGCCCAGUCGGUGCACACAGGGGACUUCCGCAGCAGGGAGCGCACAGGGUCGGGCCGCAGGGGAGACUUGUGUUGGGAGGGCGCCCGCAGUGAGGGCUGGCUGAACGAGAUGGACAGGGUGUGUUACAGCCCGCACAGGGAGGCUAGGGCCCAGUCCAUGUCCCGACUGGGCCGGGAGCAGCCGCUGAUCAUCGGGAACUCUGCGUCCCACGGCCACUCGGACCGCCAGGACCACUCAGGGAGGAGGAGCGGCGCCCUUGGCAACCAGCGACGGCCCAUCCCGUCGAUCGACGGGUACGGCGUGGGGUCCGGGCGACGCCCCGGUCGUGCCCGCCGCUCUUCCGACUGCUACGAGGAGUCGGAGGCGGACGAGAUGACCCGCAUCUUCGUGGCACUGUUCGACUACGACCCGCUGUCCAUGUCGCCCAACCCGGACGCCGCCCGCGAGGAGCUUCCCUUCAAGGAGGGCCAGAUCCUCAAGGUGUUUGGGAAGAAAGACACGGACGGGUUCUACCGGGCUGAGAUCAGAGACCGCUCAGGGCUGAUCCCUUGCAACAUGGUGUCUGAGAUCCAGACGGAGGACGAUGACAUGAUGCUGCAGUUGCUCAAGCAGGGCUUCCUUCCCCUCAACACUCCUGUAGAGAGACUGGUGAACUGUGACCGUUUCAAAGAUGGCCGCACACUAAACCGCAGGUCCAGGAAGUCCAAGAGAGAGAGGAACCGGCGCAGCGGGCGCCAGCUCUCCAUGUCCACCCGGAGGAUGGUGGCCCUCUACGACUACGACCCCAGAGAGAGCUCUCCUAACGUGGACGUAGAGUAUGAUGGUCGCAGGCUGAAUGAGGAGGCCGAGCUGACAUUCUGUGCUGGGGAUGUCAUCGUGGUGUUCGGUGAAAUAGACGAGGACGGUUUCUACUAUGGGGAGCUCAACGGACACAAGGGACUCAUUCCUUCCAACUUUCUCGAAGAAGUGCCUGACGACGUGGAGGUCUUUCUCUCCGACCCGCCGUCCCGUUACCCCCCGGACCACCCGGGGCGCAUCAAGACCAAAAGGAAGAAGAGUGUUCAUUUCACACCUUAACGGCUCUGUUUCCAUCACGUAAGUGAACAACAGAGAAUACCAACCCUCCACUUCCCUGGUCUAAUGCAGAUGGGUGCCCACGGUUUCUGCUCCCAAACAUCAUCCUGCAGACAUUAUGUGUUAGCUCUGCGAGAUACAGCCUGUCAUGGUGCAGACACUCUUUCUGUUCUGUGUUUUCCUCCCCCUGAAUAUGACUGCUGUGUCUUGUGGUUUGGUGGAUGGCCCACCCUAACCCAUGCAUUAGACAACCCAGUAUGGCAUCUUCUGUUGUAUCUCUGAGUGUUGUACCUGACAAUGUCCUCGUCCCUGCACAUUCUCUCCUGCUGUAAUUCAUGCUAAGCUAAAAGGCAACUGCUUUGCACAACUAUUUGUCCUCCAUGCCCCUGACAGACAGGCUCAGCACCCAUAGCGGACCGAGUAGGAUCUGCCAGAAUAAGACCCGUAACAAGUCUUUAAUGGGUUGGCGUUACACCAAGAACCAUAAUAAGGGAAAACAGCAAAAACCCAGGUGCUAACAUUUUAUUCUCACUGGAUUAAUUUAUUAAGAUGAACGUAAGGCACACACACAUGUUUGUGUGUGUGUAUAUAUAUAUAUAUAUAUCUAUAUAUAUAUAGAAAUAUAUAUAAUUUGUACUCCAAUUUAUGUUCAAGUUAAAAGAUUUGGCCCCAACAAUUUACUUAAUGAAAAGACAAAUUUCAUUAGAUAUUUCUACAAAUGCAUAUCACAAGGCAUUGUUAAACAAAAUUGUAAUUGAGAUUGGUGUUUUGAAGUUUAGGAUUGUGAUUCCGACAUGUUAACAAUGGAACAAUAACUUUUGUAGCUAAUAGUCAAAGACAGCAUUCUCAUGCCAAUCAUUCGUCUCCCAAAAGUGCAAUUUUAAGGAGCCUUUUAGCUCGAUGAUUACAACAAAAUAACUAAGACAUUCUUUUCUCUGUGACCUGGUUAUAUGAGUGAAUAUUUAUAGAUAUCCAUAUAUCCUUUUAUAUAUAUAUAUAUAUAUAUAUAUAUAUAUAUAUAUAUAUACUGUAUGUGUAAAUAUCCACAGGAAGGAAACUGAAUGUGAUCAAACUUCUGUCCUAACUUUCCCGUUCAACUGUACUGUACUCAACUGUAUUUCCCGGUCAUGUGUACACCAUCCCUGCCUUCGCUAGCAGUUCCUCAUUAGCAUCGGCCGGUUGGUUUGCUGCGCUAAGUGCGUAGCGAUCAGCGUGCAAGAACAACCCUCCUCUCCUGUUCUGUUGUAGCGUUGACAUAGAAGCUUCUUCAGGCUUUCUAUAUGUUAGCAGGGGGGGGGACGACACCACGCAGGUACAGAGAGGACUGAGUCAGUGGGAGUAGAGACUGAGGUGGGGUGCGCCUGGCUUUUUAACACCCUCAACUGUCCCUUACGGGUCUCCCAUCAGGUCCGUUGGAAAAACCGUCCCCGCCCAGAAGAGCCUCCUCCUCUCCCCCAGGGCGUCCGCACGUCACUGGCUCCUCGUCCCGGGGGCCAGGCUGCCCCAUGGCCCCCCAGUCCACAGAGAAAAAGGGACUACUCAUCAAAGGGAAGAUACUAUUGAAAAGAGACGUGGCAGCGCUAUAAAUCGUUUGGCGUAUUCUAUUACGGUGCAGUCACUUUUUUUCCUCAGUAAAAUCAUGAAAAACUCACAUUUCAAGAUUUUCUACAGUGGAUGGGUGGUGUUUGUUUGCUCAAAUGCUCUAUUCUUGUACAUCUGUUGUAUACUAGAAUUAGUAUUUUUGUUAAUUGAUUACAGUAACCUAUUUUGAACAAUUCAUCCUGUCAUGCUCAGGGGGCUCCUGAGCCUCGUCCUCCCCUGUUCCUCCAUGUCUUUUGGUCCGCCACAGCUACCGUUGGGAUGCAGUAGGCAUCCGUGGAUAUUCUCCACAUGGCUAAAUGUGACGGCACCCGGACCGCGCGGAGUGCCUCAGUCGGACCAACGGCUCUUCGUACGACCCCGAGAUCAAAGGACGAGAUCCUAAGAAAGUCGUAUUGACAACCACACAGCUGGAGGGCGUGCGGUCACGUGACCGGCCCGAUUCAGAGGGAUUCAUACACAAAGCUUGUCCUGAGCCGGCAGGCCGCUCCGGCCUGCUCCACAGGGGGUCUGCAUACAUUACUUCGGCACAUUCCCUACUUAACCCUUCAAAGCACACGCAAGACAGUGGGGCGGUUCCCAUUGUGAGUUUGAGAUGUGGAGCAUGCAGUACUGUAUAAAGAAAUAUAUAAAAAUAAACAUAUAUGUGUAUAUAAAUAUAUAUACAUAAAUAUAUAUAUAUAUGUGUAUAUAUGUAUAUAUAUGUAUAUAUAUAUAUAUAAGGCUGUUAUUCAGUGCAGUUUACUACUGAGAAAAAUAAGAAAUUGGCCUCGCAUCUUUUGAGUACAGCCUUGGGCCCCGAAUGGGACAUUGGACAAUAGCACACGCCAGAGGCAACAGGGUCUCUAAAGGUGAAGCAUUAAGUUCCCUCAGUCAGUUAAGUAGUGGUACAUUGCCUCAUAGAUUCAACCUCCAUGUUAUUUGCCUUAUGAAUUGCACAAUUGUUUGUACAUUGUCAUGUGGUGUGUGGUUUUAUGGAUGGUAGUGAUUCAUGUAACGUCUCAGAAAAUGUUAGGAGCAGCAAAUUAUCAAUCCAUUUCUGUAGUGUGCACUGUGUUGUGGGCUUGUCAUGUUUAUUUGGAAUCCAAAAGUCUAACUAUGGCUGGGAUGUGUCUGCCCAUCGUUUAAGGCCCCUGGAAUUAAUUUACAAAAUAAUGCAGUAAGGGGAAACUUACUGUGACGUUAAAUGUGCACGAUUUCCAAUAAAUUAAAUGUUAUGUCGCAUUAAUGGCAAUUUAGCAGAUUAUGGAGCUUUAUUUUUGUCCCGUCAUAGCCAUAUUGUAGGGUCUGUAGCUGUCUGCGAUUGCCUUUUGGUCAACAUGUGAACAACGAUUGCCCUAUGUAAUUAAACCAUACAAACCAGUUCAAUUCAGGGAUGGGUGAAAGAAAUGGAACAUCUGUUAAAAAUAUAUAUAUUUUUAAGUAGCAAUUUAUUUCCAACAUGCACCUUGUGGGGAGGCUUUGUCAAUAUACUGGGUUACCGGAUCAAAUGACAUGACCAGUAAUGCAUAGGUCUUUUCCACAGUAUUCUCCAGACACAAGACUACCUCUACGUUGCCCCCUCCCCUUCCUCAAAAAUUAUCUAUGAAAUCUGGAUUUCAAUUUGACAGAAGCCAAGUAUAAAUUUAUGUUGAUAAUCAUUAGUUCUGAAUAUAAAUGGUGCCGGAAACAGUACUGUACUUCAUGUAGAUCAACACCCUAGCACAUAGAGUAGUGAAUGUACGAUCCAGUGAAAGGCUAUGUUUUUCUCUAAAGUACCCACAAGGAUGGUGCAAUGUCCGAUGUCUUUGUAUGUGAAAUUAAACAUGUCUCCCAUUCCAAGCUCUAAACCAUCAAUAUAUAUUUUUUGCGAUAUAAAAGAGUAACAAACUGCCAAAAAAGAAUGUAGAAACAUUCUGUAAUACCUUCUGUACAAAUUUCAUCUAGUCCUGAGGAUUUCUGUGCAUCUUAACCCAUAUAUGGACCAUCUUAGUCAUUGCUUCUUUUCUGUUUGGAUGACUGUUGCUGUUUUUGUACUUUGUCCAUUUGUACAUUUUUAAAUGUUUAUACUUGAUUUUCGAACUGCCUUUUUUGUAAAUUCAACUUUUUAAUCCAAACCGUGCAAGCUUUCCCCAUGGUGUCUUCUAGACCAUAUUGUCCAAGUCUGCGAUUGUGUGCUAGCUUUAUAUCAGCCUAUAUUGAUGCAAAUUAUUGUGUGGGUGUGCAUGUGCAAAUUUUUAAAAAUCAAAAUAAAUUUUAAUAUUUUAUAAUUUUG